AUGCUUGCUCUCAUCGACCACGUCACCCAGGCUCUACCCUGCCCACCUGGAUCCGGGGACGGACCGUACGUGGAGCCACUGUUGAAAGACUAUGUCAAAUCCAUCCUCGCCCUGCUCUCCCAUCAGGCGAAUGUCGAGCAGCUUGCUCCACUGGAUGCGGCCGGAUGGAAGAACUGUGUCGACUUCUGCGUCGAUGCCGUGCGGGUAUAUCUCGAUCAUGCUGACAGAGACUCCGGCUCACGGGGAUCUCCAGCACCGGGCACGGCAUCUUUGGGCUUCUCUACUGGAAGAAGCACCAAUGCUAGCCAGAGGAUGCCGGGUCAAAUCCAUCGCGGUACCGUACAGGACCUCAUUCAUUGCAUCCACCUCCUCGUCCGCCCGCCAAAUGCGCCGCUUCACGAAAGAUCUAUUGAUCUAUCCGAGACGAUCAUCCAGGUACUACAGCUACGCCACCUUGGGUUGAGCCAAGUGAUUCAGCUGAGCUUUGCUUCAAUCAACAAAGUCUUUGUCGAGAUUCAAGCAAACGACAUCUCUCGGGCUGCCAGCUUGGCCAGAGACCUUGUGCCACUGAUAAGUCAUUGGUGGCAGGCGCGAACAGCAUCUCAAGACGGGAUGCUCAAUUCGAUCCGGGACGAGAUGCUGAAAACCAUGUUGAUCAUCCACCUCCAUCUUGAGCGUCUUGUAUGCCUCGAGGGUGACGAUACAGCCCGCAAAGAAAUAAUAGGACUCGCCGAUUCCCUAUGGCUGGAAUACUCGCGGCGAACCAAACAUUCCCAGCUUCAACUCGAUGAUCUCACAUUCGCCCCCCAGAGGUUGCCCGAGGACUAUUUCACACUAGAGGUCUUCGGCCUUCGUAUACACAACCGGGAGGGAGAGCGAGGAUGGGCUUUGUGUCAGAACCUCGCCAUCUUGGAGCGAAUCAUUUGGAAGAGCCGCAACAAGGAUAUAUCACAGUCGUCAGAGGAGCAACCGCGAAAAAAGCGCAAGACUCACGCUGCAGCGACGCGUUUGCAGGAAAAACUGCAGUCACCCAACUCGGCAGCACGGAUACUCGCCUUGCAGCUCGUGCCUUUCCUUCUUCAAUUAAACACUUUCUCUGUGGCUGAAGUGUCGGAUCUUGUUAUUGAUCUCGCCGGCCUUGCUGGCGAUAAGGACUCCACGGUAGUAUCUUGGGCUAUGCUCGCUUGCUCCAGCUCCGCAAUAUCACAGGUCAAGUCGGCCGAUAAUUCAGACUCAUGGAGACAGCUAUGGCAAGUAGCUGCUCGAGCAGUCGGUCUUCCUAGUACCAGUCGUGCCGCCAGCGUACUCUUGCACACUGUCCUUGAAAGAAACCUUGUACUUUACCACGAUGUUUCCGAUGGCAUCAACAGCAUUGUCACGACUGCCGACGCCAACGGCCCAGCCCUCUUGGUGGACUCUUCCAUUACCCUCAUGUUUCAUUUACGGUCCCUCAGAAACGUCAAGCUACCCAACGCAAGCCAGUCAACAAAUCAUCACGUUAUUCGAUGGAUAUUCCAGAGAUGGAAUCCAGUGACCGGAGGGUCCAUUUGCGAGGUGUGGAAGGCACAAUACCACACAGCAGUCCUAACACGAUACCUCCUGCUGCUGGACGCGCCACCAGCAUCGAAGCCACGCACCCUCCUGAGCUGUCGUUCGAACACUUCCGAAUCAGUCCAGGCCAACGAUGCCUCUUUUCAUGCCGCAAAGAGACUAGUAUUGGAGCUCCUGUUCCCAAAGGUCGAGGAGUUGCAGGACCUCUGUGACUCGUGGGCGAGAAAGGGGUCAGAGGGAGGCGCUCCCAUGUCUUCAGACCGACUUUACAGUCUCUUCUCUGCAAAUAUCAUAGGCAUCCUCCUUGCCAGCCAGCUUGUCGACUUGAACUCGGGUCAGUCACGAGACAUCGAAAGUCUCCUGGCCAAGCUUUCCGAGGCCAGCAUAAGUGCUGCUUCGAACUCGAGUGACAACACAAGUUUCGAGCUUCUGUUGAGAACAAUACGACCGGUGCUUCCGUCACUUAACACAACGGGCAUCAACAGCCUCGAAGAACAUGCUCCACUGUUGAGGCUGAUCUUGACACUGACAGCAACCGUGGAAGAGAGAUCCUUGCGGCAAUCCUCGGGACAGGACCAAGAUCUUAUGGAUGUGGACGAUGAUUUCGACUCACAGGAGAGCAGAGUCAGCGUUACGCUAUCCGAAGUCCCCCGCUCGAACAUCUCAUUGAGCCUGGAUGGAGAAGCAUUCAUACAUGAAACUAUACAACGUCUAUACCAUUUUGCAUCGAUGCAUAAAGACAACGGGAAGGUGUUCAUGGAACAGCUUCUGUCGCUCCCUGACAAGGAGUUCAUGUUGUGUAGCACUUUCACCUCAGAGCUCUUCGAGUCUGACUUGCCGAUCAGUGAAGAAGAUGCGAUCGGUGUCGUUGAAAGAACAGGCGACAUCAUGGGUGGGCCCGAAUACUCCUGUUGCGAAGUAGCUCACUCGACCAGCUUAAGGAUUCUGCAAAGCCUCAUGCCGGUCUAUAAGGACGACCAACAGCCCGUGGCCAAGAUGUUCGGCGACUUGUACCAUCACUUUGUCAGCAAAUAUUUGCCCAAUAACCUCCUUUCCCCACUGUCGCAGAUGUCUCUCUCGAGCUUGCUGCUUGCGCUUUUGAGGACCAACCCACAGUAUGGGAGCAAUCUUGGCCUAGACUCUUGUCGAACGACUUUACUGUCAAUCAUGCAAAGCGGCACGCUGCCCGUCAAGUUCUUCAUCGGGUCCGCUUUGCCGGACGUAUUCAGCUCCUACGUACUUAAGAUGCAUGACGAUAUCUUUCUUGACGUUCUGAACAGUCUUCCUACCAACUCCCAAGACCUCGAAGGCAUCGCGUUCCGCCUCUUUGUGCUGUCUCAGCUCGCAUGCCGCUGGCCAACCCUGCUCAGGAGAUGCACGUAUCACAUCUUCGAGACGCCGGGGAAUAUCAUGCAGUCCAGUCAGUAUGCCAAACGGUGCCUGGAAACGGUUUCGCAAGCCCUUUGUCUAUCCUCUUCUCAAGAGUUAUUCAGAAUAUUUAGCCCCCAGCUGCUAUACACAUGGCUUGCGCCCCCCGCAAACGACGAAAACGGCCCAGCCAUCAACAAAAUCGAGGACAUACCAUAUGAGAUUUUUGGCUUUCCGACUCUUAAUGGCCUUCUACAGGAAGCGCAGACCGAGACGACAGCGUUGCAGAUAAUGCGCCAUCGCUACGAAGACGUCGAGUCUCUUUCCAAGCGCCUGGGUAUCUCCCUAGUCGACAUGGUGACGCAAGGAUUCACAAAGAUCAUGGCAUACGCUAUCGCACAUGAGCUCAGCACGCCUAUUUCUAAAGGCGAAAAAGUCGAAACCGGCGAGACGUGGGCUCGGACGCUUUUGGGUAACGAACCAUUCCUCGAUCAAAUUUAUUUGAACUUUGCCGACAUUGUUGCCUUGUUGCUGGAUCUUUUCGACCAAGAAGACCCCAUCGAGAAGCAUCUCUCUAGAGACAAGAGCUUUGAAUACGCCUGUGAGGCACUGGACGAGAUGAAGCAGUUAUCUCAGUCGACAACCGCCCUACCGCCUAAUCAACAACCCAUGUUCAGGGCCAAAUACCUCACCAGAGAGCUGUUCCAUGUGUGUCGCCUCACGGAGUACGAGCUACAAGAGCUCUGGACACCGGCUUUGGUUGUCUCGGUCGCCCGGAGAAUUUUCAAUACUGUCCACCCUGCCUUGGGCUCGUUUCACGCCUGCUCCGUGCUGCGCAAGGUCAGAGUUUUGAUUUCUCUUGCCAGCCCUGUCGCGUUGGAAGCUUAUCCUCUGGAAAUGCUACUUUCGUCCGUCCGGCCGUUCAUUGUGGACUCGGAAUGUGCCGACGAUGCACUUGGUGUGAGUCGGUAUCUCAUCACGAAAGGGGCUUACCAUCUCGAGCAAACCCCAUCCUUUCUCGCUGGUUACGCCUUGUCUACUCUAGCAUCUCUCAGAGUUUUCCUCGAGUCCAGUCAGUCAAGUACAACCCAAGAAAGUCAAUUCAAGGCGACCAUGAGCAAAGCCCAGACUUUCCACUCAUGGUUCAGUUCCUAUCUCACUGGCUACGACUCGAAUAACUUUGGCGAUGAGCAGCAACGGGAGGCAUUCCGACUGAUUACCCAGUCUGCAUCCAAAAUUCGAUCUUCAGGAAACGCCGAGAAGGGCACGCACGAGAGCACUCUGCUGAUGGAGAUUCUCAGGGAUGGCGAACGCGAGUCGAAGCUUCUGAACGAGGCAGCUCGUAAUCUAGCACUCGGUUUAUUGUGUGGAGAUUUCGCUGUGCCCACCACAGGUCGUCAAGAUGUAAUUUCCGACGAUGAGGAGGCCCUACGGCACACCGGACUUGUGUGGAAGAGCUGCAAUGCGUUAGCUCUCAGUGACGAGUAUCUCGCCUGGGCAGGCCGCGUUAUGGGCAGGUCUUUCGCCGCUUCGGGAGAAAUUCAAGCUGAACUUCUGGAAGAGUCCGAGCUAUCACAGUACAGCAGGAUUGCACCAGGAGCUAAUGACUCCGAGAAGGGACUGCUGAGUCUACUGCAACAACUUACACAGAGCAAAGAAUCUGCCAUCGGAGGCUUGGCCGAAUCGGCUUUGAGGGCAGUCGUGUCAGAAGCAGCAGCGCAGGAGGACGGUGCGUUAGUCUCUGCCGCCCAGCAGAUCUUGACAGAAUCCUUGUGCUUGGCCUCCGCUUGGGCUCAAUAUCGCACGCCUCCUUCCGACUUUGUCCUGUCCCCGAUUGUUCCUGAUUCGCAGGUCUUCUUCCGGGAUCACGUGGAGAGUUCUGAUUGGGUUCAGCAGCUCGCUGUUUACCUUGCGCAGUCGGUUUCCGAGUACAUUGUCCUAAGCGCGCUGGUGCCAAUUCUCAAGAACGUCAAAGGUUUUGCCCAAGAUGCAUUUCCAUUCAUCGUCCACCUGGCCUUAUACAGUCAACUGGAUAAGCAACCCCACAUCAAGCGCAACUUGUCGGAAGCCGCCAAAGAGUGGCUCAAGAUCGAGGAUGAUGCUGCGCGGACGAACCAGAAGCAGCUGAUCAACACAAUACUAUACCUCAGAACACAGUCCAUUCCUCAGGAGACAUCCAUCGCGGACCGGGCAUUGUGGCUCGAUGUCGACUUCGCUGCCGCUGCCGCUGCCGCCUCUCGUUGCGGUAUGUAUAAGACCGCCUUGCUGUUCACGGAGGUUGCCGCCUCUCAGACAGUUCGCUCGUCUAGGCGAUCAUCUGCGAUCCGUGAGGACGAUUCUACUGAAGUCCUUCUUUCGAUUUUUGAGAACAUUGACGAUCCUGAUGCGUACUAUGGCCUCCCACAGUCCGCCGAUUUCUCAAGUUUCCUGGCUCGAUUGGACUACGAGAAGGACGGCUCCAAGAACUUGGUCUUCCGAGGAGCCCAGUACGACAAACACAUUCGGACAAGGAACCCCGCAUCACAGGUGGAUAGCCAGUGUCUUGUCAGAGCUCUCGGUACUUUGGGUCUGGUGGGUCUCUCUCAUUCCUUGUUACAGACGCAACAGAGCCACGACGGAGAUGAAGCAUCCUUGGAGGACACUUUCCAGACAGCACGCCGACUGGAGCUAUGGAAUCUCCCUGUCCCAUCAACCGCCGACAAUUGUGCCGUAACCAUUUACAAGGCAUAUCAGAAUGUCCAACAAGCCACUGACACGCUUUCUGUGCGCAAUGCCAUCUAUGCCGGCUUCAGCCAGACCAUGCGCAGUCUUGUCAAUCGUGGCCUGAAUGCAGCCAGCCUUCGCAAGCAUCUCGGCGCUCUCGCAGUUUUGACAGAGCUUGAUGAUAUUGCCAACGUGGCUGACUUUUCUGAGCUGGAGGGCAUGCUUGGCAAGUUCGAACGACAUGGCCAGUGGAUGAGGCACGGAAGGUACGAAGAUGUCAGCCACCUACUUUCUUGUAGAGGGACAUCAUUGAGCUUGAUCAGACAGAAGCCCAAGCUUCGCGCCCAGGCCUUGUCAACAGUCGAGGCCAGACAAAUCGAGAUCCGGUCCAUGCUGAUGUCCUCGGGGAUAUAUCGCUUCCAUCAAGCAACGCAAGAGUGUGUGAAUCUCUCCACGUUACUUGUCGGCUUGAUCGGUACAUGCGACGAGCUCGGCGUUAAGGUGGAUGCCGCCAUCAAGAUUGAGACAGCCAACUCAAUGUGGGACUAUGGGGAAAUGAUCCCUUCCAUUCGCAUGUUACAAAGUAUCGAUAGCGACUCGUCCCUCAAGAAGCAGACAAUUCCAGUGAGCCGCUCAGAUCUCCUGUCGAAAAUUGGCUACCAGGUGUCGGUAGCCAAAUUGGAGAACCCUCAUGACAUCCAGAAAAAUUACCUCGAACCCGCUCUCAAAGAUCUUAAAGGGAAUAGCCAGGGACAGCAAGCUGGGCAUGUCUACCAUCAAUUCGCCAUGUUCUGUGACGAGCAGUUGCAAGACCAAGACAGUUUGCAGGAUCUUGCCAGGCUGCAGACUUUGCGGAAGGGCAAGAGUGACGAAGUCUCUCAACUUCAGGACCUCAUAUCGAGCACCCGCGAUCCCCAUCUCAAACAAAGAUACCAGGGUCACCUGAAUCGCGCUCGGCUAUGGCUAGGACUGGACGAGCAAAAGCUCCGUCGCAUGGAGCAGACGAGAGGCGAAUUUGUGCGGCUCAGCCUGGAAAACUAUCUCCUUUCACUUACCGCCUCUGAUGAGCAUAAUAAUGAUGCCUUACGUUUCACGGCUCUCUGGCUGGAGCGUUCCGAGGAGCCAGAGACCAAUGAGGCCGUCAAGAAACACCUCGACAAGACGCCCACGAGAAAGUUUGCAACGCUGAUGAAUCAGUUGUCUUCUAGACUACAGGAUCAACCGAGCUCGCCUUUCCAGAAGCUCCUGAUUCAGCUCGUCUACAAAAUUUGUCUGCAGCAUCCAUACCAUGGGAUGUACCAGAUCUGGUCAGGCACAAAGGUGAAGACCCGCAAAGAGGAUCAAGUGGCAGUCCUAAGACUCAAAGCCACGGAGAAGGUGGCAUCGCUGCUGCAGUCUGCCAAGUCUGUCGCGGCAAUAUGGCAAGCGAUCGAUAGGACGAGCUCUUACUACCAUCGCCUGGCUGUCGACCGAGAUUCUAAUAAGUUCAAGGCUGGACAAAAGAUGGCGCUCAAGGACGUUCACUCGGCCCAAUCGCUUCAAAAUGCGCUGGCCAAGUACAAGAUCCCGCCCCCGACCAUGCAGCUCGAGGUGUCAGCGACCAUGGACUACUCGAAUGUCCCCAUCAUCUCAAAGUUAGACCCGCAGAUGUCGAUUGCGUCUGGAGUCAGCGCGCCAAAGAUCAUUACGGCAGUCGGGAGUGAUGGCAAGAAAUACCGACAACUUGUCAAGGGCGGCAACGACGAUCUCCGUCAAGACGCCAUCAUGGAGCAGGUCUUUGCGGCCGUGUCGGAUCUUCUUAAACUGCAUCGCUCGGCACAGCAGAGAAACCUUGGGAUCCGCACGUACAAGGUCCUUCCUCUGACAUCGGCAUCUGGGCUGAUCGAGUUUGUCCCCAAUACCAUUCCAUUGCACGAUUUUCUUAUGCCAGCCCACGAGAGAUACUUUCCCAAGGACCUCAAAGGCUCUCAAUGCAGAAAAGACAUUUCUAAUGCGCAAGGCAAGACUGUCGAGCAUCGGAUUACCGCUUAUAGGAAAGUCAUAGACAAGUUCCAUCCCGUGAUGAAAUACUUCUUCAUGGAGAAUUUUGUCGAUCCUGACGAGUGGUUUGCCAAGCGCCUCGCAUACACGCGUACGACUGCAGCUAUUUCAAUGCUUGGCCAUGUGCUCGGUCUCGGCGACAGGCACGGCCACAACAUUCUGCUAGAUAGCAAGACGGGUGAGGUCGUGCAUAUCGACCUGGGUGUCGCGUUCGAGAUGGGUCGCAUCCUCCCCGUGCCAGAACUCGUCCCGUUCCGACUGACACGAGACAUUGUGGACGGAAUGGGCAUCACUGGGACUGAGGGCGUCUUCCGGCGCUGCUGCGAGUUCACACUACACGCCUUGCGUGAGGAGACCUACUCGAUCAUGACGAUACUCGACGUCCUGCGUUACGAUCCUUUGUACUCAUGGUCCAUUUCUCCCGUCCGCCUGGCAAAACUACAGAGAGAAGUACAAGGAGAUGAAUACAACAGGGACGACGACGAAGGUGAUGAAGACGGUGGGAAGGGUAAAAAGGGGCAGCAGGUUAAUGAGCCGUCGGAGGCUAACCGGGCUUUGGAGGUGGUACGGGGGAAGUUGUCAACGACGUUGAGCGUAACAGCAACGGUCAACGACCUGAUCAACCAAGCGACCGACAUAAGUAAUCUUGCCGUCCUCUACUCGGGAUGGGCAGCCUUCUCUGCAAACACCCGACAAUUCACUCAAAAGAAGAUUGCCUUCUACGAUUUCACCCCGGCCACCCCGCCCUGCCCACACCAUCCCAUCUCCACGAGAGCGCAUAUCGAGGGAGUUUUGCCAUCACGGGCGACGGGAAGGACAGGCGGCGCAGCGCCGGUCAACGACAACCAUAACCCUCUACGCCGAAGACCCCGCCAAGAUUCCGACGUCUCGCGCUCCGGUUCCGUCGCCCCGCACCAGCAGCAAUCCAACAGACCGAGCCCGAAGCGCUUCAAGUUUGGCGCUGACGACCCUUCCUCUCACAAUAUCAUGUCUACCAAGAUGAAGGGCAAGCUGCCCGAGGUCAUUGACCUGACGCAAUCUAACUCGUACCGGCCAUAUACGGGCGCGAAGAAGCUGAUCAUCAAGAACUUUCGACAUUCGGCGACCAACGAGAAGCUGGAAAAGUACUACGAACGGACCGAGCAGGAAUUGGUCGAUGCUUUGCACGAGAUCUUCAGCGGGCGCAAGCCAAAGCUACCGUUGGAGAGGCUAUCUCGGGCCGUGGAAGAUAUAUGCAGGCGCGGCCAAGACAGCGACUUGCAGCUGUACGAGACCUUGCGGCGAAAGUGCGAGGAGCAUCUCACCCAAGAUGUCCUACGGUCAAUCAAGUCCCGAGCUGGCAGCACAGAUGUAGCCAUGCUUAAGAGCGUCCUCGAGCACUGGAGGGUGUGGAAUGGUCAGAUUUUCAGGAGGAUGGCGUUCCCGGCCCGCGACGACCCAGAUGGUCAGACGCCCGGUGGCAGGGCGUUACGGGGCAUGUACGACCUGAUCUCGUACGACCGAACAGGGGACGAGCGGUUCGAAGCGGCAUUGCUCAAGGACUCGGUCAUGAUGCUACACGUGUUCAACAUUUACACCAAAUACUUCGAGCCCCGGUUCAUCGAGUUAUCAGAGACAUUCUUUGAGGACUUCGCAGAGGAGAGGAGCGCGUCAAGCCUGAAGGAGUAUAUCUCGGCGUGUGAGAGGCUGCUGAAGAAGGAGGACUACCGCUGCAACGAGUACAACUUCGACUCUACAACCAAGAAGCAGCUGCUCGACGCCGCGCACGGUAUCCUUGUGAACAAGUAUUCCGACAAGCUUCUCAACAGUGAGAGUCUUUCCAAGCUCCUUUCCGACCAUGAGGUAGACUCCAUGAAGGCCCUGUACGAUUUGUUGCGACUGUCCGAUAUACAGAAGAAGCUCAAGCAGCCCUGGAGCACAUAUAUCAAGAAGACGGGUGCUGCCAUUGUUGCUGACAAGGAGCGCGGCGACGACAUGGUCCAGAGGCUUCUUGAACUUAAGAGGUCACUAAGCCUCAUUGUGCGCGACGCCUAUGGCGGCGACCAAGACUUUGUCAACGAGCUCAGGAACGCUUUUGGAGACUUUAUGAACGAUCGCAGCAUUGCAACGACGUGGAGCUCCGGAACAUCCAAGGUUGGCGAGAUGAUCGCAAAGUAUGUCGACAUGCUGCUUCGCGGUGGAAUCAAGGCUUUGCCGAAAACACUUCUGUCAGAUAACAUCGACCGAGCUGCGGCAGAGCAGAGCGGUAUAGCCAGCGCCGGCGACGAAGACGCUGAGCUCGACCGGCAAUUGGACCAGGCCCUGGAGCUCUUCCGUUUCAUUGAAGGCAAGGACGCGUUCGAAGCGUUCUACAAGAAAGACUUGGCUCGCCGUCUGCUCAUGGGUAGAAGCGCUAGUCAGGAUGCCGAGCGUAACAUGCUGCGGAAGCUCCGCGAGGAGUGUGGUAUGAACUUUACUCACAACCUGGAGCAGAUGUUCAAGGACGUCGAGGUGGCCAAGGAGGAAAUGGAAGCCUACAAGCAGUGGUCGGAAGGCACCGGCGUGGAUAGAGCCCCUGUCGAUCUGUCGGUAAUGAUCCUGUCACAGGCGGCCUGGCCAACAUAUCCCGACGUCAAGGUGCACUUGCCAGACGAUGUUGCCAAGCAGAUUGAGCGAUUCGACCAGUACUACAAGAACAAGCACACGGGCCGGCUGCUCAACUGGAAGCACGCACUAGCACACUGCACGGUCAAGGCAAAAUUCCCCAAGGGUACAAAGGAGCUUCUCGUCAGCGCGUACCAAGCCAUCAUCCUCGUUCUCUUCAAUGAGGUCGGCAUCGAGGGCUUCCUCGGCUACGAACAGAUUGCUCGCUCGACAAACCUGCAAGGAGAAGAACUGAACCGAACAUUGCAAUCUCUCGCCUGCGGCCAGGUUCGCGUGCUUACAAAGAGUCCCAAGGGGAGGGACGUCAACCCGACGGACACGUUCACGAUUAACAAGGCAUUCAUACACCCAAAGAUCCGAGUUAAGAUCAACCAGAUUCAGCUCAAGGAGACCAAGGAAGAGAACAAGGCGACACACGAGCGUAUCGCCCAGGACAGACGGUUCGAAACACAGGCAGCCAUUGUGCGCAUCAUGAAGAGUCGCAAGGAGAUGAGCCACGGCGAGCUGGUUGCGGAGGUGAUCAACUUGACCAAGAACCGAGGUGCAGUUGAUGCGGCGCAAAUCAAGAAGGAAAUAGAAAACCUGAUUGACAAGGAUUACUUGGAACGCGAGGGCAACACUUACACGUACCUGGCGUAG